AUGUUUUUCAAAGAAAUGGCGCUCAACAAUAACCAUGGUAACGGAACCAUCAAUAAUGAUUUCACAAAUGGCAGAAAAAGUGAAUGGGUCAGAUUAAAUGUUGGUGGAACUACUUUUCUCACUACGAGGACAACACUUAGCCGGGAUCAGAAAUCAUUUCUGUACAGGCUGGUUCAAGAAGCUUCGGAUCUCAAUACAGAUAAGGACACAGAUGGUGCAUUUCUUAUCGACAGGGAUCCUACAUAUUUUGGCCCCGUGUUAAAUUUUCUUAGGCAUGGCAAGCUGGUGAUGAAUAAAGACUUAGCAGAGGAAGGUGUGUUAGAGGAAGCUGAGUUUUACAAUAUACCAGAUCUAAUCAAAGCUGUGAAGGAAAAAAUUGUUGAGCGGGAUGCAAAACAAAACUUGACAUUUAUGAAAAAUGUGUACCGGGUGAUGCAGUGCUCUGGCCAGGAACUGACCCAGAUGGUGUCAACAAUUCCUGAUGGCUGGAAGUUUGAGCAGCUGCUCAAUAUAGGCUCCCAUUACAAUUAUGGGACUGAAGACCAUGCAGAGUUUCUUUUUGUUGUAUCCAAAGAGUGUCCAACUUUACUUAACGGCUCAAACGAACCAUCUGACAGAGCAAAGGUCUUACAGCUCAAGGGGACAAGGAUCUGA